CGAAACCCUUUCUAAGAAUGAGGAGUGUGAGAAGUUACUGAAGAUGGAGGAGUCUUCAUCUAGACGGACCACUAUGAAGGCACCCAUUUCUCUGAGUGGAGCAACCAUGACGGAGAUCAAGGAACUCAUUGAGAAGCCAUCGUUGAGCAGCUUAACCAACAUGAUGGAAAAACAAAAGUCUCAAAUUAAAGGCAAAGAGGUAGAAGUAAAGAAGAAAAACCCAAAGAAAAUGAAGAAGUAUCAGACAGAAGAGGAAAGGGACCAGAGGCAGGAAGGCGCCGCCUGGAAGCAGAGCGCCUUCUCCAUCCAGCUGCCCGUUAUGCCGCUCCUUGCCGGCUGGCAAACGGUCGUCUGCCGUGGCAGUGAGAAGUCUGCCAACAUUUUAGACUGCUUUUUGACCUUAAAAACAGAAGUUCCUAUCAUGACUGAAGAGCAAAAACAAGACUUGAACCCCCUAACCAUAAAGAUCAGGUGCGCCUCUUGUCUUCCAGUCCAGCCUGUAUCCAUUCAUGAUCUGGAGAGGCUGUGCAGCCCCGUGUACUGCAGAUACCAGUUCUACAAGACUCCGGUUCACGAGACCAAGGGAGAGCCCCAUGGAACUCACGUAUUUUUUCACGACCUCAAUGUCAUCUUCCUUGGGGCCAUGCACCCCAGUGACCUGAGAGAAUACUUGGAGGGGCCCCCCAUGGUAGUUGAAGUCCAUGACAGGGACCGGAAGUCAGAGGAGUGUUCCCGGAAGCCUACCCUGUUUGGAGAGGACCUUAUAGAUUCCUACUACAACCUCCAAGCUUUCAUCUCUUCCAAAGACACAGAGACCAACCCCUUCGAGUCACAGAACAAGAUCUGGGACCCUUACGGGGUUGCCAAAGUCAGUUUCGCUGACCUCCUCCUUGGUUAUAAGUACUUGAACCUGAUUGUCCCCAUCCACAACUGUGAGCCGAAGUCUCCCAACUGGAGCCAGGAUAGCAGGAGCAAGAGGACUAUAGGCCUGCAGGCCCCCACAGAUGUCCAGCACAGCUCAGUUCCCAUAGGCAACUACCUGGAGGCCAACUCUCUACUCAAGCUCCGGGUGGACGUCGCUGUGCCACUGAGUAGUAGUUGGUCCAGGAUUCCCGAGUUCAAUCCAAUGGGCACUCAUUUUGGCCGCAUCAUUUUUGUGUUCAGCGCCAAGAAGCUGUCCCUCCUCCAGAACCUGCUGCACGACAUCACCGUGAUCAAUGCCAAAGCCCUGGAACUGGACAGUUACCCCCUCCAGAAAAUCCAGCAAAUCCUGUCAGCCUUCAAGGUGCGAGUGAAGAUCCAAGAGCAGCAGGACCUGGAUGUGCUCACUGGCUUCCAUCUGCUGGAUGGGAAGAUCCAUCUUUUUAUUCUAGAAGGCUUGGCAGACCAUGGCUUGAGGAGGCUAUGGGAGAGUUACCAGAGCAGUGUCACUACCUCCAACCGUGCAGCCUGCAAGGUGCUCUAUGACUCCAGGUUGCUCUUCCGCCACCGCCUCUACGCUGACCUGGAGACCGUCCUGUUCCAUGUACAUUUGUUCAGGCCCGUGUCCGUGCUCCUGCGGUACCCUGCACUCUAUGUUCGCGGGGCUGUGUCACGCAUGACCUUUCAGGCACUGUCCAGGAUCCAUGACAUCUGCCAAAGCAGCACCAAGCUCAAGGACGUGGUUUCUCGAGAUCUGCUGCCCUCCUCCUGCAUGAUUAAAGACCUGAGCCAAGAGUUUGGGAUUCCCAUUUCUCAGGAAGAGCUCAUAGAUGGACAGGUGUUGCCAGUAUCACCCCAGCACGAUGACAACGAGGACGUCGUCCAACAUCGGACUUCUAAUCUCCCACUGGAGAUCCAAGUCCACCAGGAUAAGUACCUGCAAUGGCGGAACAACAUGCUUCUGAAGAACCAAGUCCAUAGGGAUUCCAUUGUUCAGAAAAAUAUCACAGAAGCCUACCAGUUCACUAAGCAGUCUCAAAAGCCAAUGAAGAGGAUAAUUAGAAUUGCCAUUCCUGAGAACAAAACUGUCCACAACUACAGCACCCAGACCAUGAAUUCCACAGAGCUUGCCAAGAAGCAAAUGCUUCAAGAGAUGGCCAAGGAGCCAAGGAAGAGAUUCACGUAUUCACAGAAUUACCUCUCGGCUAUGGUGGAUCUUCAGAACCCAAAGGAAGAAGAGAAGAAAGCCCAGAAGAAGUCCCGCCAGGCCUGGCUCACCGCCGGUGGGUUCCAAGUAUGGGGUCUUCAGAGCACCAUUGGAAGCCACCAGCAGGAUCUUAGACUGCCACCCAUCAAAGAGCUAAAUGAGGAGUGGCAAGAAAGCGCUCUGUUUGCUAAUGUGUUGAAGCCUGUGUUGGAUCGGGAGAGGUGGGGCUGGAGCCAGCGCCACAAGGAUUUUGACCUGUACAAGAAGCCGCCACCUGACUUUCAGUUGCCUUCUCUUCUGGCUCCAAAGCGUGCAUCUGGUGGUAGGCGAAAGGCAGACAUCCGGUCUUCUGAACAACGUCGGCGCAGUCAAGUCACACCGAGGCCACCUAGUUUCCAUAGCAGUUUCUCUAUGCAACCCCAUGACUUAUUCUCUCUCAGUGACCCAUCAUCCUGUACUAAACACUCUGUCUCACCUCACCUCCACGUCUCAUGAAUCUUCAACAGGACCAUACCACUCAAGUCCCACCUUCCACGGCCGCUGGUUUCAUUAGUAGUAUAAUGAAGGGGCUUAGCUCAGUGCCCAUAACCCUGAUACAAAUGCACGAUUGUUCCAAGAG